AUGGGCGAUACCAAGGCGCCCUCCGCGCCUGCAAUGGCGCAACCUUACGGCGAUUAUGGAUCUGUCCAGGAUGCAGACGAACUGCGUCUGGCGCAAAUGGGGCACAAACAGGAGCUCAAACGCCAUUUCUCCUCUUGGAGUCUCAUCGGCUUGGCCGCCAAUUGUACCAUUUCCUGGGCUGGGCUUGGACUAGGUUUGAUUACCUCCAUCAACGCCGGUGGACCUGGCGCACUGAUCCGCGGGUUUAUCCUGGUCUUCAUCCUGCAGUGCUUCUUGGCCACCUCACUGGCAGAAGUUGUCUCGGCGUAUCCGACCGACUUCGUGCUACAGCCGUGGAUGACAUUCGUUACGUCCCAGGGCUUCAACCUGGUAACGUGCGCCAUUGUCAUGUUUGGGAAUAGGUGGAUUCCGGCAAUCAACAAAUUCUCUUUAUGCUAUCUCCAAUUGGCUUGGCUUGUCAUCCUCGUUACCGUCGCUGCUGCUGCUCCAAAACACAACGAUGCCGAGUUCGUCUUCGAAACGUGGAUCAAUGAGACUGGCUGGACAAACAAUGUUAUUUGUUUCAUCACCGGCCUGGUAAAUCCAUUAUAUUCCUUGGGUGGGUUGGAUGGGAUCACGCACAUCACAGAGGAAAUGCCGAACCCUGAACGGGAUGCGCCGCUGGCCCUUGCGUGCACUCUUAGCAUAGCAUUUGUGACAGGGUCGUCUUAUCUCCUUGCUUUGAUGUUUUCGGUCCAAGACUAUACUAGUCUUGCGGACUCGCCAACUGGCCUUCCCCUGGCGGAGAUUUUUCGCCUGGCGACCCAGAGUCGGGGAAGGGCUUUCGCCCUCGUUUUCCUCUUGUGGGUUGCGGUUGGCCCGUGUGUGAUUGGCUCACAACUGAGCACUGGGAGGAUGCUCUGGGCCUUCGCCCGAGAUGGCGGUCUUCCAUCUUCAGGAUUCUGUUCGAAAGUCAAUCCUCGAUAUGCAGUUCCGGUUAAAGCCCAGCUCUGUGUGGGCAUCAUCAUUGCUCUCUUAGGAUGCAUCUACCUAGGCUCUAGCACUGCCUUCAAUUUAAUGAUGAAUUCGGCAAUUAUGACGAUUAACAACCUAGCUUACCUUAUGCCCAUUUUGACCAAUCUUUGCCAUGGGAUGGCCGUGAAUAUCGUGACGGUUGCCUGGUUUAUUUUUGCCAUUUUGUUCUUCUCAUUUCCUUACGAAAUGCCCGUGACCGUUUCGAACAUGAACUAUACAUGUGUAUGUGUUGGGGGUUUCUUGUCUCUCGAGCUGUUGUGGUGGCUCGUUGCUGGCAAGAAGUUUUCGAAGCACAUGCAAAAGGUGGAGAGGCAUGAUGGAGAAACAGCGCACACAUCAGUGGUAAUUUCCGCGGGCGAGAAAAGCUAGCCACGCUAGCCACAAGGAAGUAUGAAUACAACCGAGGGCGGGGCCGAAGGAUCACCCUGCUUUGUUAUGAUGUUAUGAUAUGCAGUGACUAUGUGCAAGCAAAUAUAUUUGGG